AUGGGCACUAGUAGAUGUAGGCAACCAAAAGUAUGUGUUGUAAAUCAGUUUGUAAAAUAUGAAAAGGCCGAAAUGCAUAUGGACCAUUCGAUAUUAGUGCCAUCUAUGGGUCUUGGACCGCCACCACCUCAUCAACCCCUACCACCUAGCGUUGUUAAACAUCGUAACGUCGAACAGCUGGACAUUCCCACGUCGAAAAAAUCUAAAGGUCUCGACGAAGCGUCCGCCUAUCAAUUGGAGUAUCAGCACUAUCAGUCGUUAAUGUAUGCCCACUGUGCCCAGCAGCAAAGAAUGGUGGCAGCUGGUCAAAUGUCAGCAUUUCGACCGUGGCCUCAACCUAAAACCUUUAUGCAUGCUGCUGCUUACAAUGCAGCAGCUGUGGCAGCUUUAUCUACACUUCCUUAUCUGAGUCAAGAACCGCCAGUGUUGCAAAAUCCCGAACGUGUAGUGCGUUCCACAGAUCGUGAACGUUUUGAGAGAACGUAUCAGCCAAAUGUGGCUUUAGCACCUAGAAAGACACAUCUCUCGCAAGAGCGUGAAAAAGAACAGAGAGAAUUAAGGGAACGAGAGCGAAUAGAAAGAGAGAGGGAAAGAGAAAUUGAAAGAAUAAGGGAACGUGAGAGGUCAAGAGAACGGGAGAGAGAGUUUGAAAGGGAAAGAGAAAUGCGUGAGAGAGAAAUGCAAAAGAAGUUGCAGAUACAACAACAGCAGCAGCAACAACAACUUAAACAACAACAACAGCCACCUUUAGUAACAAACAUAUGUGAAGGUGAAAUACAAAUAAAACAAGAAAGGGCGCCUACACCUUGUGAAAUGUCUCCCACUCCCCCGCCCCUUAGCAAUCACAGCGAAGAUGAAAGACGCUGUAGUAAUGGUCCAUUAAUUGAAAAUGAACCCCCCACAACGCCUUUAGUCUCCCCCUUGGCCUUAAGUCGACAUAAAACCUUGCCCCCAACCACACACCUCAGUCACAUGGAAGUGCAAACACGACGUCUUUCCCUGCAAAACUCCAAUUCUUCCGCUAAUUCGGCCUCCUCAGCGUCAUCAUCAUCGGCAUCAGCCACUUCAACAACACCCACAAAUUUAACAUCACCCCAACAACAACCAUUAUUACCUGCCCAAAAAUUACAACAACAACUACAUCAUCAUCACCAACAGCAUCCUGCAGCAGCACCACCAUCAUCAGCCACACACCUACAACGAAUACCAAGUCAUCAUGGAGCAGUCGUCCAUGGGCCCCAGCCAUAUAUAAGACAAUCUCCUUCACCAUCACAUGCGCAUUGUAACAAUGCCAGCUGCAAUAAUCCACGAAGUCCUGAGGAAUUUGGUGGAUCCAAUGAAAUUACCUCCUCGACAUCGCCUUUGCCACAAAAUCAACAACAACAGCAUGCACAAACUAUAAUUGCCACUGUUAAUCAUCACAAUAAAUUGUUGCCCAACUGUGGUACAUACGGUGCUAACAACAACAACAAUAGCAGCAGUGGUCAGCAGCAACAACAACAGCACAAUGAUCUGACUGGUCGCAUACGCAUUAGUAAAAAUUUAAUUAAUCAAAAUAAUAUAAUGCGAUCGCCUACACCACCACCUCAUCCUCUAACCUCAGUUAACAAUCCUCAACAACAGCAUCCUCCUCAUAAUCAUCUUCACCAUCAGCAGCAACAACAACAACAGUCACAUCUUAAUCAACAUCCGCAGCCUGGUCUACAAAGACAACAACAAGCGGUGACGGCAGCUCAAAAUCAUCAACAACAAUAUGAUUACUAUAAACAAAAUCAAAGAUAUUAUCAGCAACAACCACAGCAGCAACAUUUAACUCCACAACAACGUAAUCAUGCUACUCUAACAGCAAAUCUUAAUCAUCAUCAACAACAACAGCAGCAACAACAUUCACCAUCACAGUCUUCCAAUGCAAACACGCCAACAGGCCUUAAUUUAACCACAAAUUUGACAGCGGCCUCUAAUGCAGCAACAACAACAGCAGUUCCAGCAGCAAUUGCCAAUGCUACAACAAUGUUACCGCAACAACAAAAUCAUGACAAGCCUAAUUUGCGUACACCGCAGGCCUUUAUGAAUCAACAUCAUUUACAGAAUGGUCGUACGACCACCACAACAACCAUGAACAGUGAAUUUGAAUUGUCCACAGAUACCGAUGACGAAAGUGUCAACGAUGGCGAAGCCGAUAGCAGCAAUACACUAACACCCUGGGAGUUGGCCAUCGAAACAUUACGUGACUCACGACCCAAAGACAGAGAACGUUUGCUCAAUAUGCUGCAAAGAAUUUUAACUGAAAAUCAACAUUAUCGCUUGCAAAAUCAACAGCUAAAAGAACUAAUUGAAGUUCGCAACGAACAAAUUGCCAAAUUGCAAACGGAAUUGCAACACUGUCAACGCCAGUUGGAAAGCUUGCAAAUUAAUCCCAGACCAGCGGCAACGGUGAAUGGCAGUGGUGGCCUUGGUAACGGUUUAAUAACCAAAGCAUUGCGCAAAGAGUGUGAUGAUCAAAUGCUCUUGAGACUGCCGCUAAAAAAGUCGCAGCGACGGGAACCCGAAAGCUAUGAGCGUGAGUUAAGGGAAAGUGAGGAGAGAGCACAAAGACAGUGUGAGGAGAGUAUACAGUAUAAUUUGACUCAAAUCAAAAGAGAACUUAGUGAGUCUAUGGAGGAGGACGAACCGGAGGAAGAUAAUGAAUCGAGCACCACCACUCUUGAGCAGAUAUCAACGAAUGAGAGUUCUCAGCAACAUGUGGAAAGUACACAGCCUGAACAUGGCCAGCAGCAGCAACAACAGCAUAGGGGAGAUGAAAAUCAAAACGAAGCCUCUUCGGAAUCCGAACAAGAGGAUGAAGAAGAUGAACGGCAUAUGUCUUCCACACAAAAUCAAAAACGAUCUCAUGAUGAUGAUAGCAAUGCAAUCAAGGAAAAUCACAUUAAACUGGAAAAUGCAAUAAAUCAAAAAGACUUUCAACAAGCUGGCCAACAAAUGGCCAAUAAUGACAAACAACAAACUGAGGCCGAUGAGUCCGAACAAGAAGAAGAUGAAGAACGAGAGCGAGAAGAAAUUGGUCAUGAACGGGAAGAUAACGAUGAUGAAGAGGAUAUGGAAGAAGAUGAUGACGAAGAAGAAGAGGAGGAACGUAUACAGGCACCACAUACGAAUGCUUUGUCGACACCACCCACAGCUACCACGCCCUUAUCACCUGAUUCUGCUGCCACUGCUGGUCAGUUAUUCGAUAGCAGCAAUAGUAGUGAUGAGUCCUCCAUGAAAAAAGCUCAAAUGUCGGCCUCUAAUGCUUUAGCCAAAAUGAAUUCCGAAACAAAUGAUGCUGAUGACGACGACGACGAUGAGGAUGAAGAUGAUGAUGGUCAUCGCAACAACAAUCAUGCCGUAGAGUCAACUAAUAACAACAACAACAAUCAUUCAGAUAAUGAGGACAGUCAAUCAAAUAAUGCUGAAAGCGAUAACGAUAACUCCGAUGCAGAUGAGCAGCCUACCCACACACAUACACACAAACCGCGGCAUUUUAGAGUAGACAACAGCAAUCAAGUGACUACAACAGCAACAGCGGCAAACACAGCAACAGCAAACACCACAAACAUUAUAAAUACUUCCAUAAAUCAAACGACAACGCCUCCUAACACUACCACGGUUGUGUUGGCUACCAAGGCCAGCAAGAAAUUAACUCCAACAACGAAUAAUGAUAUAAUAAUCAAACAGGAAUAUCUAUAAUUAAGAAUUUUUCGAAACCUUAAUCCCUCGACCUCCCACGCAAAAUUUACAAAUAAUUAAAACGGAAAAAUUACUUUCCGCACUUUUUGUUAAUAUAUCCCCGAUAACUACAAAAUUUUCAAUUUCUAGGAAAUCGAAUAAGCUUUUUUUAAGGGAACGAAAAGUAAGGAUUUUUUUCUUUCAAGUUUUUCACAAGGAGUUUAAAAAGUUAAAGCUUUUAAAUAUAAGCUUUUAUGAAUUAUGUUCGAUUUAAAAGCUAUAUUAUAGAAUGAAUUUUGAGUGAUUUUCAUGUAAAUUUUUUACGAGUUUAAAGAAAUUUUCAUUUAAAUUAAGCUUUAGGCGAAAGCUUAGUGUAACAACUUUUAUGUUGUUAGAAAAUCUUAAACCAAAAACUUUAAAGCAAUAUCUAUAAAAAAACUGUGAUUAGUUUGAAAAUGAAGUUUUAAAAACUAAACUUUAACAACUUUUUUUGUAAUAAAUUCCAAAAGUUCUCUCAUGUUUUUAAUGGAUUACAAGUUCUUUAAAACUUUAUAAAACUAAAAAGCUUUUUACUUUUUUCCUCUAAAGCUGUAAGCUUAAACUAUUAAGCUUUUAUUUAAAAGUUGACAUUUUUUAUUAUAGUUAAUAAAUUGAAAAAAAGAAUUAUAUUAAAAAGCUUUUGUUUUAAUAAAGCUUA